CAAACCCAAACCCAAACCCAAACCCUCCUUCUUAACUUAACUAGCAUCUAGCAUCUAGCAAUAGCAUCAUCAAAUUCAAUCUAGCAUGGACGACCACACCAACCGCAACCUAUCCCCUAAAUCCACCGCCACCGACCAGAUCGACGGCGAUCCUGCCGUUUGGGCGGCCUUCUCCCAGAAUUUCCGGCAGGUCCAGUCGGUGCUCGACCGCAACCGCCUCCUCAUCCAGCAGGUCAACGACAACCACCAGUCCAAACUCCACGAUAAUCUCGUCCACAACGUCUCUCUCAUUCAGGAAAUCAACGCCAAUAUUUCCAAGGUCGUCUCCAUGUAUUCCGAUCUCUCCUCCAAUUUCUCCACCGUCUGCCACCACCACCGCUCCGCCGCCAACACAAACUCCUCCGACAACCGCUGAUUCUCUACUCAAUAACUAUAUUUUUUGUUUGUGUUUCGCUUCUAAUCUGGUGUGCACUACUUCUUUCCAAUAAAAUUCCUAAUUGCUAUCCA